CAUUUCUCAUUUUGUAUUAGUUAGUGACACCUUUCCGUGAGUCUGAACUUGGUCUUUAAGGAGGAGAAUGUGAAGUUGUGUCCGAAAUGGGGUGUAGAUGAUCGUUAUUGUUAUCAAUGGGUAAUUGUAGGUGCCAAGAUUAUACAUUCGUGGGCGCAGCUGGAAUUAUAUAAUUUUCCUCGUUUGCAAAGAAUUCCUAUAGAGCAUAAUGGCUGUAAUGACGGCAAGUGUGCUAAACAAUUUUGCGGACUUGGCUCUCUCUCUUCCGACUCCGUCGUUAGAAGCAACUAUCAAACAGAAUCCUUCUAUUGUAGAUUCUACAGGCUAUGACGGCAGAACGGCCCUUCAGAAGGCGGUAAUGGUGGGGAAUCUACCAGUCGUGAGAAUGCUUCUUCAGUAUGGAGCAGACCCAAACCUAAGGGCUCAGUCUGGCGAGACUGCAGUUCAUGUUGCUUGUUGUCGCGGCUUCCUGAACGUGGUGGUCACACUGUUCAAGCAUGGAGGUGACCCCAUGAUUCUGGAUAGUUCCGGGAGAGUUGCAGUACAUUGUGCGGCCAUUGCUGGAUCCCUGUUGUUAAUACAGUAUUUAGCUGAAGUGUGUGAGGUUAACCUUGAAGCCGAGGAUAGCCGUGGCUGCACCCCAUUGCACAUUGCAGCUGCCUGUGGUCAUCUAGAUCUUGUGCAAUAUCUUGUGAAUAAAAAAAAAGUGAAUCGUACAAAAGUGGACAGCGAGGGUAACAGUGUGUUGCAUGCUGGGGCGGCAGGUGGGGUGUCGGGAGUGUGCUGGGUGAUCACGUACCCGGGUGCUGAAAACCUCCUUACAACUCACAAUGCCGCUGGUCUUACGCCUUCUCAGGUUGCGCAGGCCUCACUCUCUGUCUCCCCAGACUGCCGCAAGUGGCUAGAUAAGUGGACACAUCAGUAUUCUCGGAGCGGAGCCGUCGAGUCCCCUCGCUGGCCCUGGCUCAUACAGCUGUUAACCCCUGUGACCUUGUUCUAUAUUGGCAUUAUUCUGUCUGUCCUGGCAAUGCCUCAUCAUCAGUGGAUGGUUGGAGCUCCCGUGUUUAUUGUGGCUCUGACGGUGAUGGCCAGACAGCAGCACCGCAUGAAGCACCCAGUUAGAUGGCCAAACCCCAUAUACCUUGGAGCAUAUGGAGGAGGACUCUUUUCUACCAUAGCGUGCUACAUCAUCUCAGUGGAAGCUUACCGGCAUGAAUAUCUCAUUAUAUCGCUCGUGAUGUGGAUUGUGGCUGGCUUUCAUAUAGGACUCUUUUACAAAUUGAUAACAGGUGAUCCAGGUAUAGUACGAGCUGAAGGACCACUUCAAGAGGUGCUAAGAGGGGUGGGUGAGGGAGUGGUUCGGGGCUACUGUUCAGAGUGCCAGCUCGCGAUGCCCCCUCUCUCACACCAUUGUCGCUUGUGUGUCAAGUGCCACCACCAAAUGGACCACCAUUGCCUGUUCCUCAAUACUUGCAUAGCGUCCAACAACCACUGGCACUUUGUUGUGUUCGUGAUGACAAAUCUCUUACUGAUGGUGGGGUUUGUGCAUGGGGCCUUUGUUGCCACCAUGCCCAAAACAGAUGAAGGAGACUGGAUAGAGAGGCUGUUAGCGCAUAUAUUGUAUCUUCUGAAUGAAAACGUGUGGGCCCUGCUGAUGAUAAUAUGCAAUGUUGUCUCCUUUGUAUGGGGGUUCCAUCUUUUAAAAGGCCAGUUCAAAGUCAUUGGGUCUCAACAAACAACACUGUGCCGCCUAAAGCUUGGAACCCCAUUGACCAAACUGACGGUCAAGGAGAGAAUGAAGAAUGUGUGGAGUUUCCUUGUACGUGGCAGAGUGCCAUUAAGCAAUCAGACUCAUUACUUUAACCAAGUCUAGCUCUUGGGUGUGGUGUUUAGUAGUUUACUUUGUCAUGUUGUCAUGUUUUUUCUUUGUCUUUCCUCUGCAGCACAAUGCUUGUAAUACAUUUAUGUCAGGGCAGCCAAGAUGAAAGUCCCCUUUUAUCCUAACUGUGUAUGUGUUUUACUUGAAUAUUUUCUUGAAUUCUUAUGCGAAAUGUGUCGUAUCAAAAACGUGGCUCAGGUUUGUAAUGCAUGCUGAGCCACUUCUGCUUUAUGUAUGUUGCAUUAUGUGUAUUUCAUUCAAAGUUCAUGUGUGUGUUGUAGUUUCAUUUAGUUUUUCAGUGCUUGUGUUAUUCAGUUGGCUUAAAAUCAUAUAACAAGUAAUGUGUUGUAAGUCACUCUCAAACUAUAUUGUUCACAUUUUUUAAAAUGUUUGCUGAACCGGUUGCACCUGAAUUAUUUGCUGUGAUAAAUGAGCCAGGUAGUAAUUUUAGAUGAAGGAGAAGAAAGAAAUCCUGGGACAAGUAAAGCAAA